CUCCUCGCGUUAGGCCUCUUCUUCCCUUCUUCCCAGACGCUAUAAAUUGGGCUUUUGCCCCUGCUUUCCACACGCGGACUCCUUUCGGAAACAAUCCUCUUUCCGCUCUUCCUGCUUCUAGUGAGCUGAAGGGAGUAGAAGAGAAAAAGAAAGAGAAAACGCAGCAGCCCUGCCAUUCCCUUUGCGAAGAGGAAUACUAUGGCUUCCGCCACCAGUUGCAUGAAUUCUCACCCGCCAAUCUCCAACCCCCACCAGCUUCGCACGCUGUUGGUGGCCAAACCUAUCAAGCUACAAAGCAAGCAGGCCUUCCCCACCACCCCAAGAAUCCGCUGUUCGGUUUCCUCCAAUUCCCUUCUCGAUUUGGCCACCAGCACCGGCCCAGCCUGCCGUCCGGCACCUUAUCGGGAGGAGGCCGCGACGGCUACCUUCACAAAGCCGGCAAGCAAGACGGGGCCGAACUGGAAUUUGCUCCAGCGGUUCGCUGUGGCAGCGCUGGACACGAUCGAGGAGGCUUUCAUAUCGAACGUGCUCGAGCGCCCACACCCGCUGCCCAAGACCGCGGAUCCUGCCGUCCAGAUCUCGGGCAACUUCGCCCCUGUGGGCGAGCAGGCGCCCUGCCGCAACCUCACCGUCCAAGGCCGCAUCCCUCCGUCCAUCGACGGGGUCUAUGUGCGCAACGGCGCCAACCCACUGUUCGAGCCUGUCGCAGGGCACCACUUGUUCGACGGCGACGGUAUGGUGCACGCCGUCCACCUCCGCAACGGCACCGCCGCCUACGCGUGCCGCUACACGGAGACCGAGCGCUUCCGGCAGGAGCGUGCCAUCGGGAAGCCCGUCUUUCCCAAGGCGAUCGGGGAACUCCACGGCCACUCGGGCAUCGCCCGCCUGCUGCUCUUCUACGCCCGCAGCCUCUGCGGCCUAGUCGAUGGCAGCCGUGGGGUCGGAGUGGCGAACGCCGGCCUCAUCUACUUCAACGACCGCCUCCUGGCCAUGUCGGAGGACGACAUCCCGUACCACGUUCGGAUCACUCCCUCGGGCGACCUCGAGACCGUGGAGCGUUACGACUUCCACGGCGAGCUCCGCUCCUCCAUGAUUGCGCACCCGAAGCUGGAUCCCGUCUCGCGGGAGCUCUUCGCGCUCAGCUACGACGUCAUCAAGAAGCCUUACCUCAAGUACUUCUACUUCUCCCCUGAGGGCAACAAGUCUGCCGACGUGGAGAUCCCCCUCGACCAGCCCACCAUGAUGCACGACUUCGCCAUCACUGAUAAUUACGUCGUGGUGCCCGAUCAGCAGGUGGUGUUCAAACUGCAGGAGAUGAUCCGCGGCGGCAGCCCGGUCAUCUUCGACCGGGCGAAGACCGCUCGCUUUGGCGUCCUGCCCAAGUACGCCGCCGACGCAUCCGAGAUGCGGUGGGUCGACGUCCCUGACUGUUUCUGCUUCCACCUGUGGAACGCUUGGGAGGAGCCUGCCACGGGGGAGGUGGUGGUGAUAGGCUCCUGCAUGACCCCGCCCGACUCCGUAUUCAACGAAUGCGAAGAGAGCCUCAAGAGCGUCCUCACUGAGACCCGACUCGACCUCAAGUCUGGCAAAUCGACGCACCAUCCCAUUCUGUCCCCGGCUGACCAACUGAACCUGGAAGCCGGAAUGGUGAACCGGAAGAUGGUGGGGAGGAAGACCCGGUACGCCUACCUGGCCAUCGCUGAGCCGUGGCCCAAGGUCUCCGGGUUUGCCAAGGUCGACCUCUCCACCGGAGAGAUAAAAAAGUUCAUCUACGGCGACAGCCGGUUCGGCGGUGAGCCCUACUUCUUACCAAAGGAAACAGAUUCAUCGGGGGAGGACGACGGCUACGUUCUCUCCUUGGUGCACAACGAGAAGACAACAAAGUCGGAACUAUUGAUCGUGAACGGCGCCGACAUGCAGCUUGAGGCUGCGGUGAAGAUGCCGUCGCGUGUUCCCUACGGUUUCCACGGGACAUUCGUCAGCUCAAGGGAUUUAGUGACACAGGCCUAACAGAGAGCACCAUCUAGACGGUGAGAUCAUACCAGUGGGAUCCUCUUCGUCCCCAUCCUUGGCUACGUGCAGGGCGAGAUCAAAUCAGUGGGUUGCAUGCAGAGGAUCCCGGAGUCUCCCUCCUCUGUUCGCGUUGUUUUUUUUUUUUGUCUUU